UGUAUUACACAUUUAUAUUACUUCGUACCGUGGUAGUUAUUUUCAAAUGUAUUGCAGGGUCAUUUUUGUGUAAAAUUGACGCACGUAUAUAAUAUCCAUACCAAAUAAAAUUUCUAACUAACCUCUUUACAAAAUUUUAAUAUUUGAACAACUUAUAAAAAUAUUUAAAUGUUCCUAGAUUUGACAGUAGUUUGACGAGACUUCUUUGAGUAUUUAAUGCAUUAUAAUAUUUGAACUAAUUCAAAUAGUUGUACGAAGCAAAAUUAUAGCGCUAUGGAUAACAUAUCUGCGGAUAAAGAAGUACAAGUAUGUGACAAACAGGAAACACUGAAUGAAUCCGCACUAAUUUGUAUUGCCAAAGAAAUAGAACGAUUUAAUGACGGUUCUUCAGUGCAGAGAGAUACCAGUUAUUCAAUAUUUAGAAAGAUAAGAAAAUUCAAGAUUAAUAUAAAAUCAAAAAAGAAUAUAAUCAAAAUUUUAACGAAUAAACUCAACCUGGCUUGUGAAUUAGCUCAAAAUAUCUUGAGAGCAAAAGAAGAAAGAAUUCAAGAAUUAGAGAGAGAGUUACAAUCGAAAAGUAAACUGCUUAAACAGGACAACAAGGAAUCAUUGGAAAGUUCAUCAGCUAUGAGCUUAAAAAAUAUUAAAACCCUAAUAAGUCAAACAUACAAAAGUUUAUUUUCGAACAAUGCUAAUACAUCAGAAUUAAAUGAAAUGGAAAUGUUACAUGAAAUACUAAGAAUUUGUAAUGAAAAAUGUACUUGUAUCUUUGAAAAAAAUAUGAAAAUAAAAAAUCUCGAAAGGAAGAAUAAUUUCCUUACAACUAAAUUAAGAAUAACGGAAAAUAGCUUGGAGCAUGUUACAAAAAAUUUGGAGAGUAUUCGGAAUGAGAGGGAUAGAUUAAAUAAUGAAAAGGACACUACUGCAAUCACCCUGCUUCCAUGGUUGUUGUGUUACAUACUAUCAUGAAUAUUAUAUUCAAGAAAGAAAGUACAGACACCUUUCUAAUGAUAUACAGCUUUUAGCCAAUGCAAGGUUGGCAUAAGGAGAA